AUGUUUCAGAAUAAGGAUAAGUAUUUUUUGGAUAGCGCUAAUAAAAUAAGUCUUUUUUUCGAGUCUGAAGCUCUGGAAGAAGAUGGAAAAUUGAAGGUUCAUCCAAGAGUGUCGUUAAACAAAGUAGGUCAUGCUCUUCAUUGGUUACACCCUACUUUCAAAAAGUACACAUUCGAUGAAAGAGUCAAAGAAGUUGCUUUUCAAUUAAACUAUGAGGAACCGGUGGUGUGUCAAUCAAUGUACAUUUACAAAAAUCCUGGAAUAGGCUCGGAGGUUACGAUGCAUCAGGACGCAUCGUAUUUAUAUGUUGAGCCAAUGAAACUCGUGGGUUUUUGGAUUGCAUUGGAAGAUGCAACACUAGAGAACGGAUGUCUAUGGAUCGCCCCAGGUUCACAUCAGAGUGGAAUACAUAGGCGUUAUAUGAGAAAUAAAGAUUCAAAUUCUCAAGAAUUACUAAUUUUCGAUAGGCCAGCGCCUUGUUAUCCAUUAAGUAAUUUCAGACCAGUACCAGUACGCAAAGGAACUUGUAUUCUUAUCCAUGGUCAUGUGGUUCAUUUUUCUUAUCCAAACAAGAGUGAAACCUCGAGACACGCUUACACUUUUCAUGUGAUUGAGACGAAACAUGUAUCGUACUCGAAGGAAAAUUGGCUUCAACCUCCUGCUGAAGGUUUCGCGAGUCUUUAUAAAAAUUAAAUAUAUUGUAUUAACUGUGUUAAGAAAUCCAUUGUUUAUUACACAAUCGUAUUAUACUUCACAAUAUUCGU